GAGUGUGCGUGCAUGCGUGCGUGCGUGCGUGCGUGUUUGCGUGUGGUGAUAGUUCCCGCCAUCAGCGGCUUUCCCUGUUUGGGGGGGAGCGAGCAGGCUUGCUCCUUACUCGGUGUCCCUUCCUUUUUUACCUCCGGCUCCUCCUCCUCCUCCGCGCGAACUCUGCUGCUUCCGGCAGGCUUGUCUGGGGGCCCCGGACCCUCAGGCACAGAAUCUGUCAGGUGAAGGUGUAUUUUUGUUUUUUUAAUUUGGUUAGAAACGAUUUAUUUUUAAAGAAAAUAUGUCUCCUCUGAAGAUACAUGGACCUAUCAGGAUUCGAAGUAUGCAGACUGGGAUCACAAAGUGGAAAGAAGGAUCCUUUGAAAUUGUGGAAAAAGAGAAUAAAGUCAGCCUAGUAGUUCACUACAAUACUGGAGGAAUUCCAAGGACGUUUCAGCUAAGUCAUAACAUUAAAAAUGUGGUGCUUCGACCCAGUGGAGCAAAGCAGAGCCGCCUAAUGUUAACUCUACAAGAUAAUAGCUUCUUGUCUAUUGACAAAGUACCAAGUAAGGAUGCAGAAGAAAUGAGGUUGUUUUUAGAUGCAGUCCAUCAAAACAGACUUCAUACAGCCAUGAAACCUUCUCAGGGUUCUGGUAGUUUUGGAGCCAUUCUGGGUAGCAGGGCCUCACAGAAGGAAACGAACAGGCAGCUUUCUUACUCAGAUAAUCAGACCUCGUCAAAAAGGGGAAGUUUGGAAACUAAAGAUGAUAUUCCAUUUCGAAAAGUUCUUGGUAAUCCAGGUAGAGGAUCCAUUAAGACUGUAUCAGGAAGUGGAAUAACUGUCACCCGGACGAUUCCUUCUUUGACAGCUACAUCAACACCUCUUAGAUCAGGGUUAUUAGAAAACCGCACCGAAAAGAGAAAAAGAAUGCUAUCAUCUGACUCAGAGCUGAAUGAAGAUUACCCUAAGGAAAAUGAUUCAUCGUCGAACAACAAGGCUAUGACAGAUCCCUCAAGAAAGUAUUUAACCAGCAGUAGAGAAAAGCAGUUGAGUUUGAAACAAUCUGAAGACAAUCGGACAUCAGGGCUUUUACCUUUGCAGUCAUCGUCAUUUUAUGGAAGCAGAGCUGGAUCCAAGGACUACUCUUCUAGUGUCACUAACCUAGAUAGGACUAAUAUUUCAAGCCAAACUCCUUCUGCCAAAAGAAGUUUGGGAUUUCUUCCUCAGCCAAUUCCUCUUUCUGUUAAAAAAUUGAGGUGUAAUCAGGAUUACACUGGCUGGAACAAACCAAGAGUGCCCUUUUCAUCUCACCAACAGCAGCAGCUACAAGGAUUCUCCAAUUUGGGAAAUACAUGCUAUAUGAAUGCCAUUUUACAAUCUCUGUUUUCACUCCAGUCAUUUGCAAAUGAUUUACUUAAACAAGGUAUCCCAUGGAAGAAAAUUCCACUCAAUGCACUUAUCAGGCGUUUUGCACACUUGCUUGUUAAAAAAGAUAUCUGUAAUUCAGAGACCAAAAAAGAUUUACUCAAAAAAGUUAAAAAUGCCAUUUCAGCUACAGCAGAAAGAUUUUCUGGUUAUAUGCAGAAUGAUGCUCAUGAAUUUUUAAGUCAGUGUUUAGACCAAUUGAAAGAGGAUAUGGAAAAAUUAAAUAAAACUUGGAAGAUUGAACCUAUUCCUGGAGAAGAAAAUUCACCAGAUAUUUCAGCCACCAGAGUGUACACUUGCCCUGUUAUUUCUAAUUUGGAGUUUGAGGUUCAGCACUCCAUUAUUUGUAAAGCAUGUGGAGAGACUAUCCCCAAAAGAGAACAGUUUAAUGACCUCUCCAUCGACCUUCCUCGUAGGAAAAAGCCACUCCCUCCUCGUUCAAUUCAAGAUUCUCUUGAUCUUUUUUUUAGGGCAGAAGAACUUGAGUAUUCUUGUGAAAAGUGUGGUGGGAAGUGUGCCCUUGUCAGACACAAAUUUAACAGGCUUCCCAGGGUCCUCAUUCUUCAUUUGAAACGAUACAGCUUCAAUGUGGCUCUCUCACUGAACAACAAAAUUGGGCAGCAAGUCAUCAUUCCAAGAUACCUGACCCUGUCAUCUCAUUGCACUGAAAAUACAAAACCACCUUUUACUCUUGGCUGGAGUGCACAUACGACAGUUUCUAGACCAUUGAAAACCUCUCAAAUGGUGAAUUCCUGCAUCACCAGCCCUUCUACACCUUCAAAGAAAUUCACCUUUAAAGCCAAGAGCUCCUUGGCUUUAUACAUUGAUUCAGACAGUGAGGAUGAGCUAAAACGCUCUGUGGCUGUCAGCCAGCGACUUUGUGAAAUGUCAGGCAAUGAACAACAGGAAGACCUGGAGAAAGAUUCAAAACUAUGCAGAGUCGAGUCUGAUAAGUCUGAAUUGGAAAACUCGGGAUAUGACAGAAUGAGUGAAGAAGAGCUUCUGGCAGCUGUCUUAGAGAUCAGUAAGAGAGAAGCGUCACCAACCCUCAGUCAUGAUGAUGAUGAUAAACCAACCAGCAGCCCAGAUACUGGAUUUGCAGAAGAUGAUAUUCCAGAAAUGUCUGAAAAUCCAGACACUGUGGAAGCUGAGAAGCCCAGAACAGUCACAGAGCCAGAUCCUGCCAGUUUUACUGAGAUAACAAAAGACUGUGAUGAGAAUAAAGAAAACAAAACUCCAGAAGGAUCUCAGGGAGAAGUUGAUUGGCUCCAGCAGUAUGAUAUGGAACGUGAAAGGGAAGAACAAGAGCUUCAGCAAGCACUGGCUCAGAGCCUUCAGGAGCAAGAGGCUUGGGAACAGAAAGAAGAUGAUGACCUCAAAAGAGCUACAGAGUUGAGUCUUCAAGAGUUUAACAACUCUUUUCUGGAUGCAUUGGGCUCAGAUGAGGAUUCUGGAAAUGAGGACAUUUUUGAUAUGGAAUACACAGAAGCUGAAGCUGAGGAACUGAAAAGAAAUGCUGAGACUGGGACUCUCCCUCAUUCCUAUCGGCUUAUCAGUGUCGUCAGUCAUAUUGGCAGCACCUCUUCUUCAGGUCAUUACAUUAGUGAUGUGUAUGACAUUAAGAAGCAAGCAUGGUUCACUUACAAUGACCUGGAAGUAUCUAAAAUCCAAGAGACUGCUGUGCAGACUGAUCGAGAUCGGAGUGGUUACAUCUUCUUUUAUAUGCACAAGGAAAUCUUUGAUGAGCUGCUAGAAACAGAAAAGAACUCUCAGGCACUUAGCAUGGAAGCAGGGAAGACUGCCCGUCCAACCUCAUGAGGAAGUCUCCUGUGUUGGUAGUGUGCACUGCAUUUUCUCUCUCACUGCCACUAAUGUCACCUUUCCUCUGCCCAAGGAGAAUUUGAAAUUCUACUUGAUGCGGGAGCAACAAACAGCUCAGGGCCAAACCAAAAGACAAAAUUGCAGUUAUGUGGAAUAAUCCAUGCUAUUUUAUGGACACCUUGGUCUCAUCUGUAGCUGAUUAUCCUCUUUUUCUCCUACAAAAGUGGUACUUCAUUUUGUCUUAUGAGUACAUGUUGUAAAUAUAUAUAUAUAGAUAGAUAUAUAGAUAAACACACACACACACACACACACACACAGGAUGAAUGAAGCCUGAAGGAGUUGGGGUGAGCCACAAGAGUAUGCCUGCUCAAAAGUAACUGCGUGCUGUACGUGGUGACACACAACUGUAAUCUCAACACUUGGGAGGCUGAGGCAGGAGGAUCAGCACAAGUUCAAGGCC